GUCGUCCGUCAGUUUGCUGCUGUCAAACAAAAUUGUGAGUGCAUCUGGUUUUGUGUUCGCUGUAGGACAAGUGAUAUUUUGCAGGAAAUCAGCUUCAAAUACUGUUCAAAACUUGAAAAUACGGACAUUGGCGUCUUCAGGAAGAUCGAAAUAUUCGAGAAUCGACCAACAGAUUCAUGGAUUCAACAGAGAAAUCGUAGAACUUCAACAAUCACCCGCCUUUCGUCGAUCGGCGGAGAACCACUCUCCGACACAGCACAUCGUAUAGGUCAUGUCAUGUCAACAGGCGUCCCGAGUCCAGGAAGAUCCGUAUGCCUUCACGGAGCCGGCGCCCCUUCCGGCGAACACAUCCCUCUACAAGCACUCACAUGCAGUCAACAACAGUAGUAGCGCGUCCACUGCUAGCAUUCCUGCCGUCAGUCCAGCAACACCCGUCAUACAGGCGGGGACCAGUCUGCUCACCAGUAGCAGCGGAGCUCACAAUGCCAUACAGCAGCACCGAUCCUCGGGGGCAAACCCCAAGGUGACACCCAUCAAAGUGACGCUCGUACAACCCUCGGCAGCGGCAGCCCUCAACAAGUCAAGGUUGAAUGGUAGCACUAGCGUAACGUCCGCUGCGAUCACCACCAGCGCCGGUGGGGCCGUCUUUCGAACGGUAUCUGUACCGCAAGCAACUACCAUCGUGCAGCGGAAUGCGACCGUCGUUAGCUCAUCGCUGCCGUCGCCGACCCAACAGGUGAUGGCUUCUGCCGUGGCUGGAACCAGCAGCAACACCACCGCUUCUUCGUCACCAUCCCCAACUACAGUAUUCACCAAACCCUUACAGGUUCAAAUAUCUCCCCAACAGACGGGAAAAUUCUCUCGACGUGUACUUGCCAGCAAAUCUCCGAACGUAUCGCCAGCAGCGAUCCAGACCGUGCGAAUAGUCAAAAGCCCAAGUCCCCAGCAACCGAUCGGAGGUAGGCCCAGCAUAACGCCCGAUGCUCGGAGAUAUCUCAAUCAUUCCAGCAACAGUCUGCUGGGCCCUCCGCCUGCCACGACCACAGUUGCUCCAGCUCCACCCCCAAUCCAGUCUGUGUCGCCCACCAAAAUUCGUUUGAUCCAACCUCAACCGCAAGGAAAGAUAUUCCUUCACACCCCGAACAGUAGUAACAGCUUGGCUGCGGCGACUCAUAUUUCCAACCCUGCUAGCAUAGCAGCCCUACGGAACACCUUGGCCCGCCAGAAUCCCUCGCUACUGAAUAAGAUCCCCAACAUAACGACUUCGCUCCAACAACAACAACAACCGAUCAACAACGCUAACAGUACAGCUCUUCCAACGGUCAGACAGAUCUCCGCGACGUCUAGUUCGAUCAACAUCCGACGGUCGUCACCACCGACAAACCAAACGAGUCUUGAAACCGCCACCACGACAGUUCCACCACCUCCCUUCGCUCCGUCACCUACUUCGACCACACCGGUAACUGUUUCCACAUUAACCUCCCCGGCAAACCUUCUAGCGGCAUCCAAAUCCAUUCCCCAGAACCCCAACUUACUGGCAAGUCAACGUUCUCGAACUCCCACGUCAAUUCUUAAACCUCCUCAGCCUCCUGCCCCACUGCCACCACAGAACGAUGUCCACGAUUUCACGAUCCCCUCCUUCAUCAUUCCCAAGAAUGAAAUUAAAGCAGAACCACAGCCUCCCCCUCCUCCCUCUCCAAUUGCUCCACCUCCUUCGAUUGUUCCAACAAUCCCCAAGCCGCCCGUCGAAAAACCAUCCUUUGCAACCCCAAGUCCAACCCCGCCCGCACCCAAAACGCAGGCCAGAGGCCGCCCAUCGCUACAAGAUCGUACGACAUCGGAGGCCAAGUCCUCCCAACAUCAUCCGCAAGGCCCCACCGGAAAGCGAAUGAAGCGAUCGUACAGUCGAUCGUCGCAUCACGAGACCCUCGAAAGGAUACUUCCGCAGGGGCACGUCAAAGAGGAGGUGGAUGUGGACGACUCCGGCGAAAGCAAAACUCAACCCGCCACGGUUCGCAUGUCCAAGUGGAAACCUCCCGGGGCCAUUGCCGUUCCGAUGAACCGCGAGUGGCACGCCCCGGAUUCGUACGUCUUCGAUAUCUGCGCUCCCGGAUCGGCGAACUACAACCAGUUGGGCACGGCACCUUGCGUUCAGGACGUUUGGUUCAACGAAGUCUACGCCAGCUCGGAGAUGGACACGGAUAUGGCGACUGGGAUUCUCGGCGGGAUCCGAGCGAAAAAGCCUGGCGCCAAAAAGGGUGACGAGCAGAAUGGUAAACUGCUACAGUUGAAUCUCGACGCUGCUGCGAAUGGUGGCACAAGUUCGGAACUAAAGAAACUGAGCCGAGACGAUAGGCUGGAGCUGAAACGAGCGCAACUCCGACGCAAAACGGUGCAAUACUGGAACGGGCAGAAACUGCGGGGUAACCUACUGUCACGGAAGCGAUUCAGGGAUGUGGAGAAGUUGCUGAGCAAGAUGGACCACCACCGGCAGGUGACGCUGAAGCGAAAUGGCGGUGUGGCACAGCCGAAAUGCCAGCGACAGGGUUGCGAUCAGGUGGCUCUCCUUGCAACGACCCACUGCUAUCAGCACAUAACGGACAACGCGGAGCAGCGACUGUUCCAGCAGUGUACGGCCAAGUUCUCCGACAAUAGUCAGUGCCGGGUGCCGGUGUUUGACAUCAGCCACGAGCUGAUCCUCUGCCGGGAGCACGCCUGGAAGCACGAUAAUCAUGACAAAAUGUCCGCCGAAGUCAAGUUGCUGAAGAAGCCCGGGGCCGCUGGAAAUGCCGCUGCGAAGAAGAAACAACCAGUGGUCAAGCAACAGCCAAUGGCGACAUCCGCUCGGACAGCUGGUUCCGUUCCGGCGACGGAUAAGUCCAAGAAGAAGAGCAAGAAAAAGAAGCUAACCCCGCUACAGCAACAGGUGGCACUCCAUCAGCAACAAUACAAACAACAGUAUUCGAAACCGACAUUACCUCCGCCAGCUUACGGAACCGUAUCUGGAGCUUCCGGGACGGUGCAGCUCGUUCCGAAGUCGAACAUGAUCCGUCAAACAACGGGAAGCAGUCUGUUGCAACAUCACCAGCAGCAGAGGCUACAACAACCCCAGAAUAACCCCAUGGCACCCGGAGUAGUACAAAUUGUCCCACCGCAGUCCACAAUCAACCGAAACGUCCACAUUCCGUUGAGUCAGCAGUUGCGACAAUCCCUCGGAGGUGCUGCCACGGCGUAUCAACAUCUGCCAACGCCGUUGGCCAUUCAGCAGCACCAGCCCCAACAGCACCUGAUUGGACGGAACCACGAUCUGAUGCUGAACAACUUUGGCGCCCAGCAGCCGCAAUCGCAACAGUCACAGUCAGUCAUAGGAUUCGAUCAGCAACACCAGCAGCAGCAGCACGUGCAGCAAAUGUUGAGCGGGGCCGCCACCCAAGAUUUGUUGAACAUUUGCGAGAACAGUUCGGCGUACGCCAGCUCCGAGGAUACCGGCGUCGGAGGGUUGUCCGAGUCGGAACUGAUGGCCGCCCAGGAUGUGAUAGAGGAAAUACCGUUCGAGAUUGGAAAUUUGAACAACGUCCUCAGUCAGUUGCCUGCCGAUGCAUUUAACGAGUUGCUCUUCAGUG